UUAGUCCCGUAAAGGUUAGCUCCCUUUACCUCACACAACUAAACGAGUUUCAAUACUUGACUGGUUUGUUAUUACUUCCUUAUAGCAACAGUUCUCGAAAUUGUGCUUAAAUCGGGUUUAUUUUGUUUUGGAUCACAGCCCAUGUAACAGGGCACAUUAGAAAUCCGUCCUCACUGUCAUAUUCACAAAGGUAAAUCAGUGCAGACGAUAAUUCAUUUCUUAAGAACUUUGAUUUUUGCUAGGUUGGCGAAUGAAAAACAAUGGGUCCAAAAAAGAAUAAGAAGAAGAUUCAAAGGCCUACUGAUUUCAAAGAGCCUGCAACUACACCAACAAGGAAAGCCGCAUGGAGAGCAUCCCGGCAAGCGUCAGAUGCUAGCAGUUCAGAGGCUUUCUCUCCUCAGUCACCAAAAAGCCUACCAGGGAGUGCUAUGCGUACUAGUCCGUCAUGCUCUAGCAUAGAGUCGGACUCAUCAUUUAGGUCACGUGAUCGUAGAUCUUCAAGAAAACGGUCACGCGUUGAGUUUGACGAAGAAAGUAGAUCAUCUAUAGAUUUAGACUCAUCGUGUAAUAGUAGUGUGUUCUGCACUCAAUGCAAAGCAAAAGAAUCAGAAGUUGCCAGGUUGAUGGAGGAAUUAACUAUCCGGGAAAACGUUAGGGAACAUUUAGCAGAAAUGAAUGCAAAAUUUAAAGAUGAGGAAAAUGCAAAAGAAGAAGCUUGGAUUUUGCUUAAACAGGAACAAGCCAGCAACGAAACAUUGAAAGUAGAGCUGGAUGAAAUGCGCGCCAAAUAUGAAGAGGAGAACAGACUUAAAGAUGAAGCUUUGAAUAGACUGAGUGCCAUAGCAUCGAGCAGACUGCGGGACAACAACGCGAAUAUUACUGAUUUAAGUGAUCAGAACAGACCAACAAAGGUGGCUGAAAGCUUUUCUGUAGUGUAUGACAACGAGUGGACAGAUGCUUUUGAUGUACUUCAGGAUGAACUUGGUGAAAAGGAGACCAUAGAUUUCCUUCUGAAUAGUUUGAUGGAAUCAUUUAAGAUAUGCCAAGAAAUUUCCGCCGAAAAUUAUCUUGAAAAAGUCCAACGCUUCAUUGAAUUCCCAGUACAGAGGGAACCUUCGGGUAACACUCAUUGUGAGCUUCCAGACAAGUUGAUUCAGCAAAUAAAAGAGUUCCGGAAGUCACGUGCAACAUACGUCAUCAACGAUGUUAUAAAGGAAGUACUAGACAAAAUACAAUCCAAGUAUGACAGUAAGGAAGAAGUACAGGCGUAUAAACGCAAGUGUGCCGAGUUGUGCUGGUUAAUGGUUGUUCAGAAUCCACCGAUGAUCCUGUCAACGACCGCUCAACAACAAUUUGAUACCAAUUUGUACAAGGACUAUACCAAGCGGGGGAAGUAUGUAGACUAUGUGGUUUGGCCUGCCUUGUUACUUAACGAAGGCGGUCCUGUCCUAUCAAAAGGCGUGGCACAGGGUUGCAAAAAGCAGUCGUAGAUGAAAUAAGUGUCUGAUCCGCUCCUGUCUUAUCAAAAGACUUUUGGCAAAGGAUGUAAUAGCCAAUUAUAAACAGUUUUAACACCUCAAAAUAUUUUGCAUUGUAUAUGUUUGUUGUAUAUUUACAUGCUUCCACAUAAGUAAUAUAUAUAUAGUUAGCAAAAGGGAA